AUGGUCACAGCUUCUCCCCCAACGGUGCGUAUCGAGGGGCCAGGGGAGCGCUACAUACAAGAGGGUAGCGUCCUUGCCCUCACAUGUCUAGUGACCCACCGCCACCGCAGGGCUCCAGCACACCUACUCUGGUUCCGUGGCACUGAACGGCUUGACUACAACUCACCGAGAGGUGGUGUGUCCGUACAGACUGAGAAGAUGGCCUCGAGAACCCUAAGUCGUCUUAUGAUAUCCGCGGUGAAGACGAAACUCGACAGCGGUGAAUACUCAUGCAGCCCCACGGAUUUACCUACAGCUGUUGUCACGGUCCACGUGCAGAGAGGGCAACAUCACGCGGCCGUUCAUCAAAGUGUCUACGACGGAAGCCCCUUUGUAAGCUCAUCGUUAUUGGUCGUCUUGCUUGCAGCCUCGCUGCCCGUUGCUCUGCUGCUGCGGGACCGACAUUUUUGGCUCGGCCAGCGUCCUUGGUCGUCCAACGGCUGCGGCUGAAGAACUAAAUUAUAUUAUUUAAGUCUAUGUCGUAAUGUAUGUAUUUUAAUUGGCGUUUCCUACAUCAGUUAACUUCAAAUUGGACUGCGUGUAGAAUGGAAAUGGCAAACGGGUUGUGAAAUUGUGGCCAAUUUCACAUGUGGGAUGAUUUCUACCUCAUGUGUUCUUCAUGAGUUAAGUGAAUGAUUAUAUAUCGAUGUUGAGAAUAGAAGCUAAUGUCAAUCUAUGAACUAGGAAAGAAUAAUCAUAUGUAAAUUUGUAGACAAUAAAAAUAAAACCCAUUAAUUCAUUAUUCCCGCGUUAAAAGAUUUUUUCGCUUCAUUCUCAUUUUCAUAUUUCGUAUAUUUUAUUGGUUAAUUGCUUCUUUUAUCUACCCGUAACUAUGUCUCAAAUAUACUCCCGUGUUGGACAGGCAUUGCGAUUUAUUUCGUAUACUCUUAUUGAAGAUAUAUUUUCUGUCACCGAAUGGGCUGCUGAAACCCAAUUUUCUGAGAAACUUUGAUCUUACAUUGAGUUUAACGGUUAUUUCUUGUUGUUUAAGUUCUCAUUUGAACUUUUAAUUAAAUUAAUUUUUAUUAUCAGAGUUCAUACUUAAGUUAGCCUAAAUGGUUAUUGAUUUCGUUCUUUUACUUCCUCCAGCGAUUUGAUCAACGUGGCUAAGGUUGUAACUACUCAUUUAUAUCCCUACAAAGUAAUCAGAUGGAAUUUCCAUUUUAAAUGGUUAUUGAUUUCGUUCUUUUGCUUCCUCCAGCAAUUUAAUCAACGUGGCUAAUGUUAUAACAUUUAUAUCCCACAACACAAUCAGAUGGAAUUUCCAUUUAUUCGUGGUGAGUACAAUAAUUUACAGCUUAUAUUAAAGGAGUAAGCAAUAAUAAUUACAAUAAAUAUCAUUCAUGAACUGAAGAGCAGAGGCUAUCGUGGACUCAA